GUGAUGCAAACGUAUUGAGUAUUGGUUUGAAAUUUGGCAGCUCUUCAGUGACCUCUUGAUUGCAAUCAUCAUAUGCUUAGUUGAUAUCAAUCAAUCAAUUGAUCCAUAAGAUGACUUUAUUGUCCAAACUUGUGUCUAACCAGUCGACCAAUGGAUUGGACGCAAAACGGGUCAUUGUAUUGACCUCAUCUGUGGCAUCACUGGUCAUUUGGGUUUUAAAUAUGAUCACCAGUGGCACCAAAUCAAGACAAAUUUUAACCAUCGAUGGCAUCGGUUAUACCGAUAAAACAAAUACAAAGACACAGAUGGAGUCAUUAACAACAGUCAUAAAGAACUUGAAGACAAUAUUGAGGCGAAUAUUAGGACCGAAAGAAUAUACUUAUGUUUUGGGAAUUGCGGCCUCACUUGUGGUCCGAACUAUGUGUGAUCUAUGGCUCAUUCAAAACGGCACUCAAAUCGAGGCCGCAAUCAUUACGGCCAACGUAUCCAAACUAAAGAGCAACUUAUUGGAUUUCCUUAUAUCAAUGCCAAUACUAGCGUUUGUCAAUAAUAGUCUUAAAUAUUGUAUUAAUCAGUUAAGACUUGGCCUUAGAUACCGACUCUCACAUAUGCUUUAUCACAAAUACACAACAGGACUCACUUAUUAUAGACUUAAUGUAUUGGACAAUCAAUGUCAAAAUAUUGAUCAAUUGAUGACCAAUGAUGUUGAAAAGUUUUGCAAUACUAUAGUUGAUGUUUACUCUAAUGUUUCAAAACCAAUUUUAGAUAUACUAAUAUUGGUCCAGAGAUUGACUACUACUUACACUGGCAUCAGUACACCCGCAUCAAUGAUUGGCUAUUUAAUUAUUGCUGGCACAAUAUUAACAAACUCGAGGCGUCCGAUGACUAAAAUGACUGUCACUGAAACACAACUGGAAGGAGAGUUGAGAUACGUUCACAACAAAAUUAUAGCAAAUUGUGAAGAAAUAGCAUUUUACCAAGGCAAUGUUAGAGAAAGAGUGACACUUAUUAAUGCAUUGACGCGACUCACAAAUCAUUUAUCAAAUGUAUCUAUAUUUAAGUUUAAUAUUGAAUUUCUUGAUAAUAUUGUGGCUAAAUAUUUGGCAACAAUAUGCGGCUACUUAUCACUUUCAAUACCAUUUCUUACUGCUCGGUAUAGUAACAAUUCACAGGCAUUUAGAUUAGAGACUUAUUACAAAUCUGGACGAAUGAUGGUUAAGUUAGCCGAAUCUAUCGGUAGAUUAGUUAUGGCCGGACGUGAUUACACUCGUUUAGCUGCUUAUACAACACGAGUUUAUCAACUAAUUAACAAUAUUGAACAUAUUCCAAAUAAUACAUUAUCAAUAAUUGGUGAUAAAUUAUCGAAACCAUUAAUAGCUGGAUCAGGUGUUAUGCAAAUCUGUGAUCCAAAUAAUUCAAUGAUAUGUUUUACUGAUGUACCUCUUUGUACACCAAAUGGAGAGGUGUUGGUUACUUCAAUUGAUUUUACACUUAAAAUUGGUCAAAAUGUUAUUAUUACUGGUCCAAAUGGUUGUGGAAAAUCUUCAUUAUUUAGAUUAUUAGGAGGUCUGUGGCCACUAUUUGGGGGUAAACUUGUAAAACCUCCUAAUAAUAGACUUUUCUAUAUUCCUCAGAGACCUUAUAUGACUAUAGGAACAUUUAGAGAUCAAGUUAUUUAUCCGGACUCUACUCAAGAUAUGAAAGAGAAAGGCGUUAACGACAAUCAUUUAUUGCAAUUUCUUAAAAUUGUCCAAAUUGAAUACUUACUCGAAAGAGAAUCGUGGGAUUCAGUACAUGAUUGGCAAGAAGUGCUAAGUGGUGGAGAAAAACAAAGGAUUGCAUUGUCCCGACUUCUUUAUCACAAACCAUUGUUUGCUAUUCUCGAUGAAUGCACUUCAGCUGUAUCAAUAGAUGUCGAACAAAACAUUUACGAUUAUCUACUAAAUUCAGUUCAAUGUUCACUACUAAGUGUUACACAUAGAGUCAAACAAUUGCAACAAUUUCAUCAUUUUAUCUUAGAAUUUGAUGGCUUCGGACAAAUCAAUUAUAGACCUCUUGUUGAUGAAGACUCAGUUUUAUUAUAAGACUUAUACCAACUAUUUUAUGUUGAAGUCUAUUAUAAGAUAAUAUAU